AUGACUCUUCAGGGAAACCGUGUAGCCACAUUCAUGAUGUAUCUCACUUACCGACUCGUGCAGCCGCGGGCUGUUGAACAGCGAUGGUGUGGCAUUAUAGACUGCCGGGAGAUCGAAUACGAGGGAACGGCUUUCAAAGCAGUUGCUGGUUCGGCGGUCUGCUGGGAGAACAUGCAUGCCAAUGACAGCUUUCAUCGUGACGUUCGACAUGCAUCUCUGCCGGUGAACCUGGUGAGAAAUUUUGAUUGA